AUGGAAGAUAAUACUCUUGACAAUUCCACCAUAAAUAAACUCAUUCCCGAGAUAUUCAAUCAAAUGCGUUCAAAUCUCAGCAUGGCACCAUCUACCAAGGGUAUAAAACCUUUUGUCUCCACGAAGACACCUUCAAGCAUAACCACACAAUCACUAUUAGAGGAAAGCAAGUGUCUAGAUGAGAUACUUCCUGUGAUUCAUAAACUUGAGAGCUCAUUGCAUAGUGCCGGGCCCCAACAUCUAAGGAGAAUCAAAGAAACCUGCGAAUCAACUAACAAGAUACUAGAUACUUGGAUUCGUAUUCAAUCUCAAGCCGGUUACGCUUAUGACAUGAUGAAUGACAGCUCGUACCUGGAGUAUAUUACAGCUGCUCAAAAAAACGAUGCUCUUACACCCCAGACUUACCUUGAGCAAAAGGAAGCUCAGAUAACUGAUUUAAACCACACCCUCGAUGAAGCACGCCGGGCACGUGAAGUAGAUGAUCUGGGACAAGUUCAACGGGAAACGAAUGGAAAACUUUUAGUGCAACGUGGUAGGAAACCCGUCACUGCUAGUCGAGCACCAAGAGGCGGAAUGAAAAAGCCUAGCGGAAUUCCCAGGAGUACUUCAAGAAUAACAAAAACUCUCGCCAAGACAGGGCGUCCAGGAAACCGAAACCCUCGCUAG